ACUCGAGCUAGGCUAUAUACACGCCCUUGAGUUUGUAUAAAGAAGCGCUGUCCUUGGUCCUGACAAUAGCCCCUCGGUGAUUGGACAUCGCGUCCAGACUCUGUCCAGAGUACCAAUGAUGUCACGUCAGAUGUCGAAAUAAGUUUGAUAAGCAUAUGAUACGUUUUUUAAUCAACAUCUCGAUCGUUUUCUUAAUCUGUCUCCUGUCACCUUUUUUCCUUAUCCGUAAGAUUUCAGGGUCGCCCAUCCACUCGUCACGUUUGACCAGGAAGCCACUGAAACAGAUAAGUGUUGCGAUCAGGACCCUCCCACAACGACGGAUCAAUGGUCCAGUCAAAACAAGGCUGAGCCUUUUUGCAACAGCGCCUCGUGUAUAUAAAGGCAGGUGGAUGGCUAUCCGGUGCUGAGAGAGCCACACACUCUACACCUAUCCACAACUCUUCUUUCGUCCACACAUUUUCUUUCCAUCUGCACGUACACUCUGUCCAUAUGAGUUACUCGAUAGACAAUAUAGGUAGUCCCUACCGGAGGGUGAUGGAGACUAGGACCAGCUAUGGCCGUAGUAGCGCGAGCCCCUCUAGCGGCUUCCGCUCCCAAACCUGGUCUCGGUCAAGCCCGGGAACGACUACAUACAAGAGGAGCUUUAACGCUCCCGUGGCGAGAGCGUAUGGCUCAACAGUUCUGAGUUCAGCCGACAGCCUCGAUUUUAACCAGACCUCCAUCCUGAACGGAGACUUCAAGCGCUCCAACGAGAAAGAGCAGCUCCAGGGACUCAACGACCGGUUCGCCGGGUACAUCGACAAGGUUCACUUUUUGGAGCAGCAGAACCAACAGAUCGAGGCGGAGAUCCAGGCACUGCGGCAGAAACAAGUGUCGCGGUCUCAGCUGGGCGAUAUUUACGACCAAGAGCUGCAGGAGUUGCGCUCUAUGCUGGAGCAGGUCCACAACGAGAAGGCGCAGAUUCAGCUUGACACCGAUCACAUCGAAGACGACAUCCAGCGCCUUAGGGAUCGCUUCGAUGAAGAGGCGCGCAUCAGGGAAGAGACGGAAGCCAUCAUCCGCGCGCUGAAGAAGGACAGGGGUGACUCAGCACUUGUCAAAGCGGAGUUGGACAAGAAAGUACAGUCCCUGCAGGACGAGAUCGCUUUCAUCCGCAACAACCACCAGGAGGAGGUCAGCGAUCUGUUGGCGCAGGUGCAAGCGUCGCAGAUUACCGUGGAGAAGAGGGACUACCAGAAGGCGGAUAUCACCGAAGCGCUCCGGGAUAUCCGCUCGCAGUUAGAGGGUCACUCGACGCAAAACCUGCAGCAGGUGGAAGACUGGUUCAUGUGCCGGUACUCGAAACUAACGGAGGCGGCAGAGCAGAAUAAAGGCGCCAUCAAAUCGGCCCGGGAUGAGAUCUCAGACUACCGGCGCCAGUUACAGUCCAAAACUGUCGAGCUGGAGUCUGUCCGAGGAACCAAAGAUUCGCUGGAGAGGCAGCUGAGCGAUAUUGAGGACCGACACAACAAUGACCUUGGCAGUCUUCAGGAAACUAUCCACCAGCUGGAGAAUGAACUCAAGAGCACGAAGUGGGAAAUGGCUCGCCAUCUACGUGAAUAUCAGGACCUCCUGAAUGUCAAAAUGGCACUUGAUAUAGAGAUUGCAGCAUAUAGGAAACUUCUUGAAGGAGAGGAGAGCCACUUUAGCACUUUCCCAUAUCGCCAGACAGUCACCAAAGCCAAAAAGGUCAAAAGUGAACCCCCCAAGAUUAAAGUUCAACACAAGUUUGUGGAAGAGAUCAUCGAGGAGACAAGGGUGGAGGAUGAGAAGUCAGAGAUGGACGAGGUUUUGGCUGAGAUGGCAGAGGAGUUGUCAGCUGCCCAAAAAGAAGACGAGGGAGAGGAUGAAGGAGAGGCUGAGGGUGGUGAAGAAGAAGGUGGUGAAGAGGAAGGAGAGAAAGAUGAGGAGGAAGGAGAAGGAGAGGAGGAGGUGAUUGCAUCCACCACAGCCAAAGUAGCAUCCAGUGCUCCUGCUGAGGAAGAAGAGGAGGGAGAGAAAGGGGAAGGUGAUGAAGAAGAAGAGGCUGGAAAGGAUGAAGAGGGAGGUGAGGAAGAGGAGGAAAACAAAGAGGAAGAAGGUGAGGAAAAAGAUCAAGAAGCCGAAGAAGCAAAGGCCUCUCCUGAGAAAGAGAAAGCAGAGGAGAAGCAGGGCAGCGGAGGAGAGGAAGAGGGUGAAGAAGAGGGAGAUGAGAAAGAUGAGGGGGAUGCAGGUAGCGAUAAAGGAUCCACAGAUGAAAAAGAAGCAGAAGACAAGGAGCAGUCUAAAAAAGCAGAAGCAGAAGAAGUAAAAGAUAAUAAAGAGGAAGUCAAACCUGAAAAAGAACUACCAGUUUCUACCGAGUCUACUUCAACCAAGACGGAGGAAGGAUCUCCAAAAAGCGACUCUCCUAAAGAUGCAUCACCACAGAGCGAGAGUCCAAAGAGUGAAAGCCCCAAAGAGAAGGAGGCACCCAAGACAGAGGCUCCACAGAAAGAACCCACCAAAAGUGAUUCUCCAAAAGACGAGAGUCCUAAGAAAGAAACAUCUAAGACCGAAUCCACGCAGAAAGAAGCUCCCCAGCCAGAACCACCAAAAGCCGAGGCUAAAGAAGAUUCCCCAAAGGCAGCGGAUGAAAAAGCAAGUAAAAAGAGUGAACCAGAAAAAGAGGCUGAAGAUAAAAAGACUGACAAGAAAGAGGCUACAGUAAACGGAGACAUGGGAAAGAAUGACAAGAAGGAGGAGAAGAAAGAGUCUGAUAAGAAGGAAGUGAUCUCCAACGGAGUAGACGAAAGUCCCACCAAAGACGAAUCAAGCCAGCGGGUGGUUAUCACCAAAACAGUGGAGACCAUUACCACCGGGGAGGGAGGAGUCAAACAAGUUACAAAAACUAUUACCGUAACCGAGAAAGGAGACGAGGUGAAGGAAGUCCAGGAGAAAGUGGUGUCCAAAGCCGCGGAGAAAGAGGCGGUGAAGGCCGCGGAAGCAGAGUAAACCCAACCGACCGAAGAGGAACCGGCGAGAAUGCAUAUCAAGCAAUCACAAAACUCACAUAACUAAUCAUACAGCUCAACAGAUAUACUUAACUGCAUUAACCAACGAAAGACUUAACAAAACAAAAGCAAGCUUAGAGAGAAGCCAUACGACACGGCAAGCUAAAAUUUUAAAUGCAUGUUGAGUGAUAGCUUUAAAUGGGUUCUUCUGCAUACGCGUUCAGGGACGUCGGGACCUCUAUUCACUUUCUUUCAAACCGCAAUACCUGGGGAGGGGGGGGGUCACUUGAAUGUGGCAUCUGCAUGCCAGCUCAGGGGGAGCACGCUCCUCGAGGUAGAAAAUAACUGCUUCAUGUAUGACAGUAAUAUAACAAUACUCACAGAGCGAUGGGGAGUGACUUGCUUUGGGUAAUGCGGGAGGUGGGGCCGCUGUGGAGAAACGUGUUCAGACAAAAUAGCCUUACAAGAAAACGCGGGAGAUCAACUGAGCCAAAAAUGCAACUUAGAAUUAAGGAGGCAGGAAGACGAUGGUGAAAAUAGGCCAUGGUCAUAUACACUCAGUACAUAAAGCAACUAAGAAACUCUUAGCCUUAAACAUGCUUUUUACCGUCGUCAGUUAUGUUUACCUAUUGAGCGCAUUUGAAAAUAAAGCCGUCAAAGCGCACAUACAUUCUUAUAUGCAUAGGGUUGACUUGAACUACAUACCGUUAAUGAGGUGCUACCGUUUGCAGGCUCAUGUCUUUAUUCAUCUGAAUGAAUUUCUCAGCCGCAUUUGCUCAAUAAACGUCAUACUAAAAUGCA